AAAAGAACUACAUCAUAAAAAUCAUGACAGAAUCCCUUUAAUUACUCUUAAUUAAUCAUUGCUGUAUCAAAAAUCAUAAAUGUGUUGCUGAAAUCCUUGUCUAAUUUGUACCCUAACCUUUAGUUUGUAAACUCUUUUGAGUAGGACCCUCUAAUCCUAUUGUAUCUGUAACCCUUGUUUGUUAUUCACCAUUUGUUCCCUGUUCAUUAGAACCUAAUGUAAAGCCUGUGUAACUUGUUGGAGCUAUAUUUAUAAUGAUGUAGAUGAUGUAGAUUUAGCAUUUUCUGUAAGACUGGGUGAAAAGGUCCUUGAUAGUUUUUGGUUGUCUAGAGACAAAGUUACCCUAAUAUGGGGUCAGUACAUGCAUUGUAAUGUUAGUUUUAAUCUGAUAUAUGUUUAAUCUGAUGGAAUUGUGUGAGUCAAUACACAGGACAGGGCCUCAGAAUUAUCUAUGUUUAUGGGAGAAACGGAAUGAUUAGAAUCAUUAUUCACUCUAUCUGCUGAAAAGAUAAUUUUAUAGACAUAAUUCUUUUAAAACCUGUUUUGAGAUUUCCAUGUGAUAUCCAGUUACUUUCCUAAAUAAAUUCACUUUUUAACUACAUUAGUGUCUGAAUGCCCAGUCUGUGUCAGAAUAGAAAGUGUCUGUAAUCUCCUAUAAGGUAAGAUCUUGGGCAUGAGCACCUAAACCCUUGUUAACUAACCCCUGCUAUUAUUAUCUCUGAUAAUCAACUGGAUGCUCCUUUGAAUGGGUUUGAAAUUGGCACAUACAUUGACUUGAAGGGGGAGUUCACCAUAAAUGAAUUUCAAAUCUGCUGUCGAUAUUUAUUUUAAGACCAAAAUAUCUCCAGUACAAGUCCUAGUCAUUGAAAUCAUGUUCAACAAGGGGAACAUUCCUGGGACACUCAUGGUAAACAUGUGGCUGAUGAUGUAAAGAUGAACCUUUAUUAUAUUCAAUAGUUUCAUCCCAGGGUACAAAUGAAGGCUCCAGACUCUCAUUAUCCCAUGCUAAUUAAGAGCCAUUGAUAAACAUGUGACUAUGCUAAUGAAGGUCGUUAGAGAACAGGAACUCAUCAGCCCCCCCUUUACAUAUUGUGGGGAAACCUUUUUACCAAAACAAAGGCACGGCCCAUAGUUCUUUGUUGUAGUUGAAGCAGAUCCAGGCUUGGGGGGGAUCCAAAAUGGGAUAAAAAGGUGUGAGAAUGAGAGGUGAGUUAGUUUGGGGAAGAGACGUGUGGGUACAGGAGCUCUGCAGGCUAAUGAGGAGACUCUGCCCAAGGACAGCGGUACAGAAGGCCAGAAGCCAAUGAUUGUGAUUCUUUGGAUAAAGACAAGAGACCAUUAGACUGUGCAACUUCUCCAACACCAGCAAAUCCUCACAUUGGAAAGAAACAUCUGUAUCAGACUCAGAAAAAGCUUUAGUACAAUGAGCCUUCCCAACUCCCAUGAGGAUCUUCCCUCAGUGACACAACAUUAUGAAGGCUCAGAAUAUGGGAAAACAAAAAACGAACUUAACACGGACAAGACAUUUCACACUGGGGAGAAACCUUUUACCUGCGCAGAAUGUGGGAAAAGUUUCAGGCUCAAGGAAAGCCUUAAAAAACACCAAAAAACUCACACGGGGGAGAAACCUUAUAAAUGUACGGAAUGUGGGAAACAUUUCGCUUUGAAGGAUCAUCUAGUCCGACACCAGAAGGUUCAUACGGGUGUAAAACCAUUUGAAUGUACAGAAUGUGGAAAGAGCUUCUCCCAGAAAAGCCAGCUUCAGACGCACCAUAAAAUUCACACAGGAGAGAAACCAUUUCCUUGUGAAGAAUGUGGAAAAUGUUUCAGUUUAAAGAGUCACCUUAACAGACAUUAUACGAGUCACACAGGGGAGAAACCUUUGACUUGUACAGAAUGUGGCAAACGUUUCUCUACAAAGGACAGACUUUCUUCUCACUUAAUUGUCCACACAGGAGAAAAGCAAUUCACAUGUACCAAGUGUGGGAAAAAAUUCACUCAUAAGCAUAGACUUGAGAGACACGCGAAACUUCACACAGAAGAAAAAACUUUGACAUGUACAGAAUGUGGGAAACGCUUUCACAGUAAGGGAAGUCUACACGGCCACCACACGACUAACACAGGGGAGAAACCUUUCAUAUGCACAGAUUGUGGCAAAUGUUUCUCUACAAAGGCCAGCCUUCUACAGCAUCAAGUAAUAUGCAGAGGGGAGAAACCUUUCACUUGCACAGAAUGUCACAGAUCUAAUUCUGCAAAGGAGAUAAAGUGAUUAUUUUUAGAUAUUUUUAGAGCAAGAGAACAAAUUCACACUUUCUUCCAGCAGAUCCACACAGGAGGGAGACCUUUCCCUUGGUUAAGCGGAUUCUGCCUAUGACUAAGUGCUGGGUAAGCAUGAAACGCGUUAGGCGUUAGAGGGGAUACUAUCCAUGUCUUUUAACUACUGAUGUGAAUAAAAUAUAUUUUUUUACCUAA